AUGUCAAUCCAACAAACUUUCACAAUUGGAUCUCGCAAGUCACAACUUGCCUUGGCACAAACUAAUGAAGUUCAAGAAGCAUUACAGCGUGCUUACCCUAAUUUCGAAUUUCCAAUUUUGGGCAUAUCAACUAUUGGUGACCAAAUUCAAAAUAAACCUUUAUAUCAAAUUGGUGAAAAAUCAUUAUUCACAAAGGAACUUGAAAUAGCCUUAGAAAAUAAAACCGUUGAUUUAGUAGUUCAUAGUCUGAAAGACUUGCCCACUACUUUACCUAAAGGAAUGACAAUUGGUGCGAUAUUAAAAAGAGAGGAUCCGAACGAUGCCGUGGUUAUUAAAGAAGGCCUAAUUGCCAAGUCUUUAGAAGACUUACCAAAAGGUAGCAUUGUUGGAACUAGUAGUGUUAGAAGGUCUUCUCAAUUGAAAAGGACGUUUCCUGAUUUGAUUUUCCAAAGUAUUAGAGGUAAUCUGAAUACGCGGCUUGCAAAAUUAGAUAGUCCAGAUGGGCAGUACUCUGCCUUAAUAUUAGCUGCCGCGGGUCUUAUACGAUUAGGUCUGAAGCACAGAAUAUCUCAAAUUCUCCCACCAAACAUUAUAUUACACGCUGUUGGACAAGGUGCAUUGGCUGUUGAAUGUAGAGACGAUGAUAUACAUAUCAUUGAGUUGCUUUCAGUGUUGGAAGAUAAAGACACGAAAUUGCGAUGCACGGCUGAACGGUCGCUAUUGAAAGCUUUAGAGGGUGGAUGUAGUGUUCCAAUUGGUGUUAACACAAAUUUUAUAGAGGGAAAAGAAGGUAAACGUAUGCUGAGACUUGAAGGUUUAGUUGCUCAACUAGAUGGCUCAAAAAUUAUUCGUGCUGAAGCAACUAAAUAUGUCGAUUAUGAUGAAAUUGAUGCGGCUAAUGAGUUAGGCAAAGAAGUUUCAAAACUUCUAAUUGAGCAAGGGGCGAGGAAUAUAAUCGAAGAAUUAAAACACUGA